UUCACCACGGCGCACGUUUUAUUUUGUUUUCGGUGCAGGUUGUUUAAAUUACAAUAUUUUAAGCACAAUGAAGCAAAAAGCUGCGGCCAAAAGAGCAGCUGCAACACAGGAUAAUGAAGAGGAGCAGACAGCAAAGCGUGUCAAGGUGCCGCAGGAGCUACAACAAAAAGCCAAUGCACUGCUAAAUGACAAGACUUUGGAUACCAAAGCAUUAAAAAGAAUUAUUAGCCAGAUCCAAAGCUCAGAUGAAGACGCUGGUGAACUGAAUGUGCUGGAGGUAAUUUUUAAGAAUUUACUCAAGCGCAACUGCGUUUACAGCGCUGAGCAGCUCAAGCCUAAUCCCAAUGCCAAAUGUGAGGCGCUCUAUAAUGAAACGUGGACGUUGCUGCUGUCACGUUUGGCUGGCGCCGACAAAGAGCAAGCCAGUAUGGCACUUAAGGUCUGCAUGCAGCUCAUCAUAGCGGAGGCAAAGUUUGUGCAUGAAAGCGAAUGGCCCACAGCACGUCUGCGUGAUGUUCUGGGAGCCUUCGUCAAAUCAGAAACAUCACCAGCAGUUGGGCUCGCUGCUUUUGGCAAAUAUGCUCGCUGCCUGGAUGUGCUGCAGCUAAGCUAUCAAUUGUUGCCUGAAGUGGCGCCCGCGCGCUUUGUGGAUCAACCCACAGCAGCGUUUAAUUACUUGGCCAUUAUCAAUACGCUGGACUUGGGAAAAACUGUGCUAGCUGCAGAGCAAUAUCAUCUAGGUGCUGGUAGCGAGGAGCAACCAAGCUUUACAUAUGAGCGCACGCGCAAGUUUUUGAAUAAAACUUGGAAGGGCAUUAUGAGAAGCAGCAGCGGUUUGGAUGAGAAGCUGCAUCGCCAAGUGCUGGUGGUGCUGCUGGAGCGCAUAUUGCCGCACUUAACCAAUCCCAUACUGCUAACAGACUUUCUCAUGGACUCGCUGCAUCAGUUUGAUGGACCCAUUGCGCUCUUGGCGCUGCAAGGCAUCUUUACGUUAAUGCAACAGCAGAAUAUAACCUAUCCGGAUGUAUAUACCAAGCUAUAUAAUAUGUUUUAUCCACGCAUGUUCUACAACAAGUACAAGGCACGCUUGUUCUACUUGGCGGAUAUAUUCUUGACCUCAACACAUUUACCUGAAAAUCUGGUGGCUGCCUUUGUCAAGCGUUUGUCGCGUCUGGCGCUCAAGAGUCCCACUGAGGAUGCUAUUAUAAUGAUACGCUUUGUAUGCAAUUUGCUGCUGCGCCAUACAGGCUUGCAACGUCUAAUAUGUGCCACGCCUGCUGCUAGCGCUGAGGAAGUUUCCGAUCCCUAUGACGAAACGCAAGCAGAUCCGGUGAAGACAAAUGCGCUUAGCAGCUCGCUCUGGGAGCUGGCGCUGCUGCAAAAGCACGCGGUGCCUGAAGUAGCAAACGCAGCACAGUUUGUGACAAAGAGUUUACCCACCAUGGAGUUUGAUUUAGGGCCACUGCUAGAAUCGAAAGAAAGCGAUCUCUUCGAUGGCGAGGUUAAGAAGCAAGCAAAGCAAUUUAUGCUGGCCUAUGAGCGACCCACAAAUCUAGCGCUGCCUAAAGAUGAUAUAGUUACCAAAUAUUGGAAUAUAUUAUAAUUAAGCAAUAAACUAUGUAU